GGAGGCAAGGACUUCGAGCAGCCGCUCGCCAUUUCCCGGGUCACUCCCGGAAGCAAAGCCGCCCUCGCUGACUUGUGCAUCGGAGAUGUCAUCACAGCCAUUGAUGGGGAAAAUACUGGCACUAUGACCCACUUGGAAGCUCAGAACAAAAUUAAGGGUUGUGUAGACAACAUGACUCUCACCAUAGCCAGAUCUGAACAUAAAGUCUGGUCUCCUCUGGUGACCGAGGAAGGAAAGCGUCAUCCGUACAAGAUGAAUUUAGCUUCAGAACCCCAAGAAGUUCUGCACAUAGGAAGUGCCCACAACCGAAGUGCGAUGCCCUUCACUGCCUCGCCCGCCUCCAGCACCGCCCCCAGGGUCAUCACCAACCAGUACAACAACCCAGCUGGCCUCUACUCAUCGGAAAAUAUCUCCAGUUUCAACAAUGCCUUGGAGUCAAAGACAGCAGCCAGUGGGGAGGAGACUAACGGCAGAUCCUUAGAGCCUUCUCAGCCUCCAAGCGGCCUCGUCAUCGACAAAGAAUCUGAAGUUUACAAGAUGCUUCAGGAGAAACAGGAGUUAAAUGAGCCUCCCAAACAGUCCACUUCAUUCCUGGUUUUGCAGGAAAUUCUGGAAUCUGAGGAGAAAGGGGAUCCCAACAAGCCUUCGGGAUUCAGAAGUGUAAAAGCUCCGGUCACCAAAGUGGCUUCAUCGAUCGGAAAUUCUCAGAAGCUGUCCAUCUGUGAGAAGUGCGGCACCGGCAUCGUAGGCUUGUUUGUGAAGCUGCGGGAGCAGCACCGCCACCCGGAGUGUUACGUGUGCACCGACUGCGGCACCAACCUGAAGCAGAAGGGCCACUUCUUCGUGGAGGAUCAAAUCUACUGUGAAAAGCAUGCCCGGGAGCGGGUCACGCCACCUGAGGGCUACGACGUGGUCACUGUGUUCCCCAAGUGACCCGGCGAAUCACCACCCAACAGGCCCUGCUGCAGCUCGUUCUUCUAAGCGUCCUGGCCCUCUCUUUCCUUGAAAGUGCCGUGCUUUCCUCGGGUUUGUCCCCACGCAUUAAACGUGGCAUCCCCGAGCCUUUGCCGACCGACUGGCACUCGCCCUGUGAUGCCUGCUUUUGCAAUCCACUGGACGUUGUCGUGUUCUGUGCCCCUUGCCAGCCUCGCUGUGUUUGGCCCGCAUCUCAGUUCUUGGCUGCAAGGGGAGCUCGGCCUAAUGGAAAUCAAAUUGCAUUUAGGAUGCCUGACAUGGGUUUCUUUCUUAAUCAAUAAAAUGACAAACUCUGAA